AUGCCUCCCGGAGUCUGGCUGCGCUGGGCCUGCCUCCUGCUCCUGGCCAGGCCCACCCUGCCCUGCCCCCAGGGUUGUGACUGCUUCAUCCGGGAGGUGUUCUGCUCAGACGAGGGGCUUGCCUCCGUCCCACUAGACAUCCCACCACAUGCCACAGACAUCAUCUUCGUGGAGACCUCUUUCACCGUGGUGGGCGCCAGGGCCUUCAGCAGCAGCCCCAACCUGACCAAGGUAGUCUUCCUCAACACCCAGGUGUGCCACUUCAGGCCGGAUGCCUUCGGGGGCCUGCCAGGGCUCCAGGACCUGGAGAUCACCGGGGGGAACUUCUCCAACCUCAGCGCCGACAUCUUCUCCAACCUGAUCUCGCUGGGCAAGUUCACCCUCAACUUCAACAUGCUGGAGGCUCUGCCCGAGGGCCUCUUCCAGCACAUGGAUCGCCUGGAGUCCCUCCAGCUGCAGGGCAACCGGCUCCAGACCCUGCCCCAGAGGCUUUUCCAGCCUCUGAGACAUCUGAAGACCCUCAACCUGGCACAGAACCUCCUGGCCUACCUGCCCGAGGAGCUCUUCCACCCCCUCGGCCGCCUGCAGACCCUGAGGCUGAGCAACAAUCAGCUGGCACGUCUGCCCCGGAGGCUCUUCAGCCGUCUGGGCAGCCUGCAGGAACUCUUCCUAGAUGGAAACUCCAUCUCCGAGCUGCCCCCAGAAGUGUUCACGCAGCUCUCCUGCCUGGAGAAGCUGUGGCUGCAGCGCAAUGCCAUCGGUCACCUGCCUGGGUCUGUCUUCUCGGCCCUGCCCAACCUGACCUUCCUGAGCCUGCAGGGCAAUGCGCUGCAGACGCUGCCUGCCGGCCUCUUUGCCCAAUCCCCCGGCCUGGUCAGCCUGUCCCUGUCCCACAAUCAGCUGGAGACCGUCCCUGAGGCAGCUUUUGCCAACCUGACCAGCCUCGGGUCCCUCACGCUCUCGCACAACGCCCUCACCCAUCUGCCGGCCGGUGUGUUCAGAGGCCUCAAGGGGCUGGUCAAGCUCUAUCUGAGCAGCAACAACCUGACGGUCCUGCACCCCGCCCUCUUCCAGAACCUGUCCAACCUCGAGCUGCUCAGCCUCUCCAGGAAUCUCCUGACCACGCUCCCCGACGGCAUCUUCGACACCAACUACAACCUGUUCAACCUGGCCCUGUAUGGGAACCCCUGGCAGUGUGACUGCCACCUGGCCUAUCUCUUUAGCUGGCUGCAUCAGUACAGCGACCGGCUCUUCAACAUCCAGACCUACUGUGCCGGCCCUGCCUACCUCAAGGGCCAGGUGGUGCCUGCGCUGAGGGAAGAACAGUUGGUGUGCCCCAUCACCCGGGACCACCUGGGCUUCCAGGCCCCAGGGCCUGAGGACAGGGAGCCAGGGGACGCCUGGGAUCUGGUUGCGGAGGAAAGGGCGGCCAGGAGCCGGUGCACCUACAGCAAUCCCGAGGGAACCGUGGUGCUGGCUUGUGACGAGGGCCGGUGUCGCUGGCUGAACGUCCAGCUGUCCCCCAGGCAGAGCUCGGGCUCUCCGGGACUCCCCAUCAAUGCCAGUCAGGAGUGGGACUUGAAGUCCGGCUGUGGCUCUGUGAGGGUCACUGUGUCCAUUGAGGCUCUGGCAGGGGAGCCAUAG